AUGCCUCGAGUUUCAAGCCAGAGCGGAGGCCGCCCAAGCAGGCAAGCCGUGGUCAUGAACAUGGCUCGUGAAAAGAGCAAAGCAUCGCCGAUAAAGCUGGCAUUAAACGAUGACCGGGGUGAAAAAGUUGCCCGCCUUCAAUCUCGACAAGCACUCCAGGAAAUCCACAUGAACGAGAUUCGCGCCGCAGCGAGUCCUGUCCGCAAGAUCAACCAGCACCGCAAUCGCGACCGCCGAGAUACUUCGGGCAGUCGAGCCAUGUCCGAAUCCCCACGCACUCCGCGCACGAGCGAUGCGCACUUGCGCAAAAAGGUCGCAUUGCACAGAAGGCAGAGUCAGCAGAACCACGGUCAACAUGCGAACAGCCCGCGAACCGAUACGCUGACACCUAUGAAGCGCGUACCUAUCCUCGCAAACUUCGAAGAGUGGAUGAAAAUGGCUACAGACAAUAAAAUCAACGCGGCGAACUCGUGGAAUUUCGCAUUGAUUGAUUAUUUUCACGACAUGAGCCUGUUGAAGGAAGGGGACGGGGUGAACUUCCAGAAGGCCAGUUGCACGCUUGAUGGAUGCGUCAAAAUCUAUACGAGUCGCGUUGACAGCGUGGCUACUGAAACAGGUCGGUUGCUCAGUGGCCUUGCGGAUGGCGCGGAGGGGAAAAAGCGGAACAAAGACGAUGGCGCGGAUGACGAUGAUGACGAAGGUGAAGAGGGCGAGGACGGAGAAGGCGAAGACGGGGAAGGAAAGAAGAAGAGCAAAAAGAAGACGACCCGGAGUCAUGAAGCGACACUUGCACCGGGAUUUGCGAGUUUUCAAGGAAAGAAACUCGAGCUGGAAUUCGCCGUUGACCCUCUUUUCAAAAAGGCAUCCGCAGAUUUCGACGAGGGAGGGGCUAAGGGUCUCUUGCUGAAUCACCUAUCGAUUGAUUCGGAUGGGCGGAUUGUUUUCGACAGCAGUGACGACGCCGGCGAUGCGACACUGGUAGCAGACAAAGACAAGAGCCAGCAUCACGGUGAUGGCGAUCAAGAGGACGGGGCGGACGCAGCUGUUGCACAAGCUACUAAAGCAGCUGCAGAAACUGACGAAGCAGAGAUGGAGGAUCCAACUCCUACGCCAGAGGCUGAAGAGCAAGACGAAGAAAUCGACCUCGGGGCCCUUGCAGCAAAGUUUUUCCCUGACCUCGGCGUGCUCGACAGCCAGGACGUAUGCCCUUCGAUGAAGUCCUUCACUCUCGGCGAUCCAUCAGGAGAACUGAACAUUCCUUUCCUAAAGGCGCCAGACGACUGGCGUGAGCAGAAGAAAGGAUCUACAACACCUGCGCCCCCUACACUUGAUGGCAAUAUCAAUCUCUCAGAUCAAACGGGUAUAUUCCUAGACGGUACUAAUGCCAUGGGCUUCGACGAUGAUGACGAUGAUGGCGGGCUGCUCGGCGGCUUUGACGUGGCCGAUAAUGUCGGUUUCGGUGAGGGUGGCGAGGCUUGGGCCAAGGAUGCUGCGAUCGAGGCGCAGACUCGAGUUGUUCAGGCCGGAGAGAUGGAUGACAAUCUACUCGAGGGUGACAACAACGCAUAUGCACUAUCUCUACAGCACAAGUACCAAGAAGACGCCGAGCACGAGAGUAUCAUGGCGUACUUUGAUAAGGCGUUCAACUCUAGAGCGAAAGGCAAGAUGGCGUUCAUGACACUGGAAAAUUGGCGCAUGCAGAAGAUUCAGAAGGCGGCGCAGGCUGAGAAUGCGCCAACAACGCGGCAGCGCAAAGAAAAGGAACCGUUUGAAAUUGAUUUCCUGGGUCCCAUGUCGGAGAGUCUGAAGGAGUUGCUGGAGGCGCCCGCUGUGCUCAACAGUCAGAUCAGCCUGCCCAAGGGACAGUGGAAGACGAAAGGUCGCAACCUGUUAGACAAGGACGACGAAGUUGUUGAUCCCAGGAAGUUGAUGAGACUCUGGACGAAGCCUAAGUGUCGGGUUGGUCGACGUAAGGGCAAGAUGGGGGUCAUUGACGAGGGCUUUGGGGCCCGAAACCGACUUGCCAUCAUCCACGGUCAACAAGGCGACGUUGACGAAGACGAGGAAGACGAAGGGCGCAAGGGCGAUUACGAUGCCGACUUCUUCGCCGACGACGAUCAGAUGCCGUUCUUUGAUGGCCCGCUGCCCAUUGAUGACGAGGACGACGGGCUUGGUGUCGGUGAUCUGGACGUUGGGGACGAGGGCCAGGCGUUCAUGGACGCAAGAGAAAUGUUGUCGCCCCCUCCACCUGAUGGGCAGCAUCAGCGGCAGAAUGAUGGGUUCAUGGGUAUGAUGGAAGACGGUGCCGUAUUGAAGCAGGAGCCGCAAGAGGGCGCAGAAACGCAGGACCCUCAAGCGCAGCACAAUGGCCUAGACCUUCUUCCGGGCAGUUUCGGCAGUCAACUUGUCACGCAGGCCGGUCGUCGCUUGAGACCAGAAUAUGUCAACUAUGCACGCACAGCGAAGAAGGUGGACGUCCGGAGAUUGAAGGAGAACAUGUGGAAAGGGAUGAGUGAGAAGUUGGCACUGAUGAGGAUUGAUGUCUUUGAAAAGCCGACGAGUGUGCAGCAGGAGCAUGCGCAACAACGACAGCAACAAGUGUCGGAGGCUACGGCCAACGGUGUUGUUGAUGAGGAUGUUGACAUGAUGGACGUGGACGUGGACAUGGAUGAGCACGAAACGUCACAAGAUCAGGACCAGCUUCAGGGUGAAUUACAACGACAAGUGGAUGAUGCAGACGCCACUCGAGGAGAUGAAGGGGUGGGUGGUGGCGGCGCCGGUCAGGUUGGUGAGGCAGACGACGCACUCAAGUUCACCGAACUCAUCCAGGACCUUCGUGGCGUUUACCCCGAGCAGCAGAUGAAGGACAUCAGUACGAGUUACUGUUUCAUCUGUCUGUUGCACUUGGCCAAUGAGAAGGGGCUGGUGCUCGAGGGUGAAGUUGACGGCGAGAGAGCGAUGCAGGAGAUCCGCGUCAUGCGGGACAAGAGUGUCGGUGAAGGGUAUGAAGGCGAGUGA